CCAACACGUAACGUGGCGCUGGGUUUGCAUUGGCGAAAGAAACAUGAGCUCGCCUUCGCAUGCAGCGCCGGCCACCGCGGCCUCGCCCGUCGCCAAGCGGCAGCGGCAAGAAGGUGACGGCGACGUCCACACUGAGCACCACAAUGACGACGACGGCAGUAAGAAGACCUCGGAUGCAUCGAGCCCGAAGCGUAAGAGUCCGACCAAGGCGACGGACGCCGCCAGCCCGAAGAAGGCGGAAGCACCUUCGUGGGGCUUUACGUCGUUUGCGAGCACCAACGGUUUUGCCGCUGCUAAACCGGCAACGACUGGAUUCGGUGCAGCCAGCACGACGACUGGCUUUGGCGCGUUUGCCAGUGCGUCCGGCUUUGGCGCCUUUGCCUCUAGCAGCGCUGCGACGGCUACGUUUGGUGACGCCAAGCCGACCGGUUUCGGCACGACGUUUGGAGCUGUGGCCAGCGCCGCCGCCGACACGGACGCGACCUCGACGUGGACGGAAGCCUCCACGGGCAAUGACGAAUUCCUCAGCACCGAGGCUGCCGUGGCGGAAGCGCCUGUCAAGGUGCCGGUCGUCGAGUUGCCCAAAGACUACCAGCACGUGACGGGCGAAGAAAACGAAGAAGUGUUGCUUUUGCUUCAAGUGAAGCUCUUCAAGUUUACGGAUGGCAAGUACGUCGAGUGCGGGUCCGGCCCGCUCAAAGUCCUUCGGCACGUGGACAGCGACGCGAAGCGUGACCGGCUGGUCAUGCGCCGCGCGACCAGCGACUUCAAGGCAGGCACGCACCUGCUCUUGAACUCACUCCUCUCCGCUGUCGUGCACGUGACGCUCAAGCCCAAGAACCUCGUGGUGCAGAUCGCGACGAACCCCACGACAAUCACGUCGUUCCUCAUUCGCACGGCGACCAUCGAAGACGGCGACGCGCUGCUUGCGCUCUUGCAACCGUAGAUGCAUUUAAAUUUAACCUCGUACGAGGGCACUCUCGGCACCAUGCGCGAGCCACACUUGUUGGUUGGCGC